AUUACAUAAAACCCAUUUAAAAUUUACGUCCAGUUUAAUUAAAAAUUUGAGAUAUGGAUCUGAAUACGAGAGGGGUUGGUUCGGUAAUGUUGUUUGUUGUUGUUGUUAUUCAAAUGUGUGUUUUGGCAUCGGCCAAUGUGGUUUUCCAGGUUCGGCAUAAGUUUGCAGGCGACAAAGCGUCGCUGAAUGCACUGAAAUCUCAUGAUACCCAGCGCCACCGGAGGAUUCUGGCAGCCGCUGAACUCCCUCUUGGUGGUGACGGCAGCCCAACGUCGGCAGCCCUCUAUUAUACUAAAAUUCAACUCGGGUCUCCUCCAAAAGAUUUCUAUGUGCAGGUUGAUACAGGGAGUGACCUUCUAUGGGUCAACUGUAUCGAAUGUCACAACUGCCCAAAGACAAGCGGUCUUGGUGUACCCUUGACAUUAUUUGAUCCGAAGGACUCAUCAACUGCCAAACCGGUUGGUUGUGAUGAUCCAUUUUGCAAAGCUACAUUUGAUGGACCACCUGAUGACUGUAAGGCGGGAAUGUUGUGUGCAUAUUCUGUUACAUAUGGAGACGGGAGUUCAACCUCUGGUUUUUUCGUCAAAGACAAUGUAACACUUGCCCAAGUGUCUGGAGACCGCCAGACUACAUCUAUGAGUGGGAAUGUAAUUUUUGGGUGUGGAGCUAAACAAACUGGAGGUCUAACUUCAUCACAGCAAGCACUAGAUGGUAUUCUUGGAUUUGGGCAGUCAAACAUUUCUCUACUUACACAGCUUGCUUCAGCUAAAGUGGUGAAAAAAACAUUCUCACAUUGCUUGGAUAGUAGCAAAGGAGGUGGCAUUUUUGCUAUUGGUGAAGUGGUGGAGCCAAAAAUUAAAACAACACCAAUUUUAGAUGAUCAGACACAUUUUAAUAUUGCAUUGGAGUCGAUUGAUGUGAAUGGUGAAGCUGUAAAACUCCCAACAAGUAUACUGGACUUUGGAAAGAAGCAAGCAGUUGUAGUUGAUAGUGGCACGACCUUGGCUUAUUUUCCGGAUGAGACUUAUAACCAGCUAAUGGAAAAGAUCAUGGCGGCACAACCCAACAACAAGCCGGUGACAGUUCAGAAUAUGUUUAAAUGCUAUGAGUACACCGGGAACAUCGAUGAAGGUUUUCCGGUGAUUAAUUUUCACUUUGAGAAUUCACUUUUAUUGAAAGUUUUACCUCAUCAAUAUUUCUUCAAAGUUGAGGAGAACGCAUACUGCAUCGGUUUUCAGAACACUAAUAUUCAAACUAAAAGCGGAGAAGAAAUAACUUUGUUUGGAGAUCUUGUUCUCUCCGAUAAGCUGGUUACAUACGAUAUGGAAAAUCAAGCCAUUGGAUGGACUGAUUAUGACUGUUCGUUAAGCAUCAAAGUGAAGGAUGAAAAUUCUGGUAACGUGUACGAGGUAGGCGCGAAGGAUAUUUCUUCUGCACAUCAUACAUGUAACUUGCUAAUGGUUUUCGGGUUGCUCAUAUCUCUGGCAGCUACAUGCUUGAUCAACUAG